CAGUGCACUCACCUCGAUGAUACGUCACUACGGUUUCUUUCGAGGAAGAAAGCGGCAUUGCGUUGCGCAUGACAAACGGACUUAGCGCGCCGAAGCCACUAUCUUUCAGCAAAUAAAGACUUAAAAGUGCAGCAUUUAAAGCCCAAAUGGAUCUGACAGAGCAGAUAAACCAGUUGGAGGCAGAUUUACUGGAGCUGGGUUCUCUGGUGGAAAAGGCCGAAAGGACAAGAGUGCAGGAAGUCCUCAAACAAGAGCAGAAGAAGGUUGAGAAAGAGAUCGCCGUCAAACGUCAGCAGAAAGAGCAACAAGCCCGAAGACAGGCUGAUCCAGUGGCGUCCUCCAAGGCAGCGUACACUGUGAAGAUUACCAACUAUGCAUGGGACCAAUCGGAGAAAUUUGUGAAAAUCUACCUCACAUUGAAAAAUGUGCACAACAUUCCAUCUGAGAAAGUGGAAGUCAAUUUUACGGAAAGGUCAUUUUCUGUGCUGGUAAAGGAGCUCGAUGGGAAGAAUCACCAAAUGACUGUUCUCAAUCUGUUGUAUCCAAUUGAUGAGCAGAACAGCAGCACCAAGAUAAAAACAGACAUGGUUUUGAUCAUGUGCAAGAAGAAGGCGACCAAGAAGUGGGAGUACCUCACCACGGUGGAAAAACAGGCAAAGGAUAAGGAUAAGCCCACCCCAGCUGAUGACAACGCAGACCCCAGUGAGGGUCUCAUGAGCAUGUUGAAGAAAAUCUACUCAGAGGGCGAUGAUGAGAUGAAGAGAACCAUCAAUAAAGCUUGGUCGGAAUCGCAGGAGAAGAAAUUAAGAGGAGAUGAAGGUCAAAUGGAUUUUUGAAAUGUAAAUCUUAUCUUUCAUGAGAGUUGAUUGUGUCAAGUAAUGUCCAAUAUACAAAUGAAAUUCCUGACAAUAUGUUGUCCAAAACAUGAGAUUGCCUGCUAUAUGUUGUUCAUUGUUUUAAGGUAAAAAUAAAAAUAUUACACUACUACAAGGAUAUAAUUUCUUAGACCAAAACCACACCUUCAGUAAAUAUACUUAACAUGUUUCAUUUUAAACUAUUGUCUGUUUUGCUGUCAUUCCAUAACCAAUGACCGUUCAGAAGAGUAGCAGUUUCUUCCAGUGAUUUUACUUUGCUGAAACAUGUGUAUCUUGUCACAAUUUCGAUGGAUUGUUAGUCCAUACUAUUCCAGUCAAUUAUGCACUUG